AUGCGGGAAGACGACUCCUCCCCGAUGGACAGCGCCGGGAACAGCGAGGAGGAGACCGAACGUCAACUGCCCAGGAGGGGCGCCAGGAAGCGGCGUGCCACGGCGCGCAGGACCGAACACGACGAAAGCUUGGAGAACUUGGAGAUCCCUAAGAAAAGACGCCGAAAGAGCGGCUGCGCUGGAAGUCAAGGCGGCAGUUCGAGUAGCGAGGCCAGCGGCAGCCCCGCCGGUUCUCUGGACGAGCUCCAGAACCAGCGCGUCAUGGCCAACAUCCGCGAGCGCCAACGCACGCAGUCGCUCAACGAGGCUUUCACGUCGCUACGCAAGAUCAUCCCGACGCUGCCGUCGGAUAAACUCAGCAAAAUCCAGACGCUCAAACUAGCCGCACGGUACAUCGACUUCCUGUGUCAAGUUCUUCAGAGCGACGAGUUGGACGCGAGGGGAGCCAGCUGCAGCUACGUGGCGCACGAACGGCUCAGCUACGCCUUCUCCGUCUGGAGGAUGGGGGACGCCACCAGCCACUAG